CCUUUGCUCGUUCUUCGUUUAUCCGACUGCAGACGUGUUUGGAUCCUACACCAGGAAGCUGAACUACGCGAAAAUGGCAGUGUAAAGGUUUGCAGCGGCGGUCCUUGCAGCGGCAACAACCCGGCAGUGCAACGGCUAAGUGCACUGGCUAUUUCUGGCAAAAUGGCGUCUCUCUCGGCAACCACCCUCAGCUUUGCUGCCGUCGACAGCAGUACCGGACCCCUCGACUUGUUAACGUCGUCAGAUUCAUUGUUUUUAUUCACCUUUUCACGACUACCACUGACCACCAGCAGCUAUGUCACUCUCCCAGCUGGCCUUGGAGGACGUGGAGGCCCUGUGCUUAGGGCCCUCAUUUCUGAUGGCUGACCCCAUGGGGCCCCUUCUGGACCAAGAUGAAGAUGAAGCUUUUUCUCCUUCCUUCUCUUUAGAGGUGAAGGCGCCAGCUUCGCCCUCCCUCUCUUUCUCCUCCUGCGCAUCCUCCCCGUCUUCUUAUCAGACCCAGUCAUUUUCCCCAUUCUCUUCUCCCUCCCCGUCUCCCUCCCCUCCUCCCACUCAUACCUCCUCAUUCCUGGGGACCAAGGCAGAAUCGGACCUGCUGUCCUUAUCCCUGCUGAAUGCCAGCAGUCUGUUCAGCGCCCACAUGGGAGCAGACAAUGGCAAAGACGAUGCUUUCGAGGGCAUGGAAUGGAUGUCAGAAAAAAUCGACUUGAAUGAGUUUGACCUGGAUUCUCUCAUCGGCUCCUGCUCAUCUGAUGAGUCUCCCAGCUCCCCUGAGGAUAUCCUGGCCUCCCUUGACUCUCCCAUGGAUCUGGACCUAUGGGGCACAACCCUUCCAGUUCAGCAAAACACCCCGGACCUGGGUCUGACUUUACCUGACACCCCCUCUCCUCCAAUGGAAACCAGUCCUGCACCUACGGCCGAGACGGAAAUUGCUCCUGUCCAGGAAGCUGUUGUGAAGUCUGAGCCUCCUUCUCCAAGCCCCAAUCAAUCACCUUCCUCUCCAGCUUACACACUGGAUCUUGGGAGUGAAGUAGAUGUUCUGGAUGCUGAAAAAGCAGUCACUUCACUUGCCCCCACAGGUAGAAUCAUUCAGGCCACCAGCCCCAUAGUGCUCUCCAUUCCCACCUCUGGUCACUUAGUAGUGGUCCUCGCCAACAAAGAAGAAGCCUCCCUCUUAUCUCUUCCUGAGCAGUCCAUUACAACCUCUCCAUCAAGCGACUGCGAUAGUGAUUCUGGGAUUGACUCCGGCGUCGACUCGUUUGCAUCCUCACCCGCACGUCAUCCCACUCCCUCUCAAAGUCCCCCCACACCCGGUUCCUCCAGAACCAAACCCUACUGCAAACCAGAGCCCAUGGCCUCUUCCUCCCCCAAGACCUCCAAGGUUAAAUCUGUGUCUGGCGCUCCCAAGGUUGAGAAGAAACUGAAGAAGAUGGAGCAGAACAAAACGGCAGCUACCCGAUACCGGCAGAAGAAGAGAGUCGAGCAUGAGUUGCUGAACACAGAGAUGGAAGGGCUGGAGAAGAAAAACCAUGAGCUUAAAGAGAAAGCAGAGUCCAUCAGCCGAGAGAUCCAAUACCUCAAAGACCUGAUGGAAGAAGUUCGCAAGCACCGCCGCGGAAAGACCAGCUCAGUCGCUUAGUCAGCAGGGUGUUUGUGUGGCGCCAUUUCCUGGUGUAGAGUUAUAGCAUGGUUGUCUCUGCUGCAGUGGCCACAUGCCAUCGCACAGCGAUUAUUUGUAGUGUUGGUUAUAUGUUGUAAGAGAUUAAAGGUUGGUGUGUGGAACUGUACAGAGACGAGGGAAGUGGCCGGGUGAAAGCUUGUGGAAAGUGAUGAGAUUAGUUGUUUAGCAGGGGGCUGAGGGUUAGUCAGGUGAAGCAUUUGUACAUGCUUGUCUCUCAGUCCCCUGUUCGAUUCCCAUGUGUACUCCUGAUUUAGUAGAUUAAACUUGUAAAACAGCCUAGCUCCUGGUAGUGCUGUAGGUCUAACUCACUGACAAAUUUCCUUGCACUCCUAACAUCAAUACUAAACCCCAGAUUAGUAAAAUAAGUGUCAGUAAAAGAAACUUCUACCUUGUUACCUACUUUAAACCCAGUGCUGGUUUGAUCUUCCUCUUUGCAGCUUCAAGUCCAGAACGGGGCCUCAGCCCAGUUGUGAUUUCUUGUUACACUGUCAACAUGAGUGUUGUGUGUAAAUAGUUUUAUCCUCUCUUGCUUGCAGAAUGUUGCUUUUAUUUAAUGCUAGAUACUAGUUGAGCUUUUCCUCAGUGGCUUAGCCUGUCGCUCAGGUGUUCAGCUUGUGAAAUGCUUUGCUUGUUUUGUGGGUUUUUUUUUUUUCUAAUAAACUUAUCUGUACUCAAGUGAUAAUGUGUAAUGUGCUUUUUUCUGUAAGAUUUAAUUGGGGGAGGCUUCAUAUGAUUUGUUUUCAUGGUUCAAUACAAAUCUGUAGGUGCACAUGUUUAAUGUCACAAUAACUGUUUGAAAAUUACACAGAUGGAUGAAUAAAUUACCUUAAUCUCCA